CAGUUACAAGAGAUCGCUACGAAAGGAGAAAUUUCUGAGAGUGCUGUAACAACACUACGAGGUGCAAAUCUUAAUCAUACUUUUAAAAUAUUAAUAUUGUAACUAAAUAUUUGUAAGUUGUAAUGCUAUUUAAGGGAGGAAAGUGUUUCAAAACUGUUCUCACUUAGUAGAAGGGUGCUCUAUCUUUGACUUUUUUAAAAGCUUGAUAUAAAGCGAGGCAAGGGAUUUGUGACUUAACAGAACACAUUUUGAACAGGCACCGGUUUAUUUUAAUUCAAAAAUGUUUUAUUCAGGAUAUAUGUGCUUUUAGCUGUUAAUUUUGUUUUUGAAUUAUCAUAUUUUAGAAUUCUUGUGAAAUGGGAAUCUACUGUGCUAGCUGUGAGCAAAGAAUAAGUGGGGGAAUUGAUGCUUUUGAGAAACACCUGCAACGCCAUGCAUCACCUUUUAUAUGCUGCGAAGGAGAUUGUCAAAGAAGAAAGUUUGCUGUCAAGAGUUCCCUGUAUCGCCAUCUGCGAGACCACCAUAUUGAAGAGUGUGAUUCAUCCUCUGAUUCCUCUUCGGCAUCAUCAUCUGCUUCUUCAGCAUCAUCAUCUGCCACUUGUUCAGAGUCGUCAAGCCAAGAAUCUGAUCAGAGUCAUGAAGGAGAUGAUAGUACUUCAAGCAGUGACAAUGUUGAUGACAACACCAAUGGCAACAACAUCAAUAGUUCAGAAGAAUCGAUUCAUGAUGUAACUGAAGAAAUUAUAUCUCGUAAUGAGUUUGAUAUUUCUCUUGAAAGAGCUGCUGCUCGCUUGAUAUUAGAUCUGCUGAAACGAGGAAAUGUCACAGGAACAGCUGUCUCUGUUGUCAUUGAAGAGUCACAAUUAUUUGUGUCUACUAUAGUUGAUGUUGUAAAGAAGGAGAUUGCAACCAAUCUGAAGAACAAAGAUGUAGAAGAUGGUAUUAUUCAACAGUGUGUCAAUAAUGUAUCAGCUAGUGAGCCCUUUAAAUUCUUAAAAACCAAGGACCAACAGCAAAACUACUUUGAAAAGAAUUUUGGCUUGGUAAAAAGACAACCCGAGUUUCUUGGUUAUCGAGAUGAUCAUAAAGUUGACUCAAAUGGAGUUUCCAUACCAACUCAAGUGCGGGUUAACUUUCAAUAUGUUUCUGUGACUAAAAUGCUCACAGCUGUCUUGAACAACAAAGUUCUCCAUAAGCUCAUACACUCAGAAAAGAAGAGCACUGAUGGGAAAAUUCGAUCUUUUUUAGAUGGGUCUCUUGCUGCCACACAUCCUCUAAUAUCUGAGUAUCCAUUUACCAUACGCAUAACAUUGCAUACUGAUGACUUUGACACUCCAAAUCCAUUAGGUUCCAAAACAGGCAUCCAUAAAAUUUCAGAAAUAAAUUAUCAACUUCAAAAUCUACCUGCUGAAGAGAAUGCACGACUUCGGUCUGUGUUUGUAAUGGCAUAUGCUUACAAAGAGGAUCUACCUGUAGAUGGAAUUGGUGCCAUGUUGGAUCCAUUCUUUCUGGAAAUGGAGCAGUUAGAAACAGCUGAUGGGGUAGAAAUAAAUGUAAAUGGUCGUCCCUAUACCCUUCGUGCAACACUUGUUGCUGGUGCUGCUGAUGAUCUUGCAGCACAUGAAGCUUUGGGACUUUAUUCACCUUCAUGCCGAAGAUUCUGUUCUAUCUGCACUAUCUUGAAGAAAGAUUUCUACCAGGAUAUUUUUGCCCAAGGUGAACUUAGAACAAAAGAGCUCCACCAAUUUCAUUUGAGGGAACUGCUUGAAAGAUCUGAAGAGUUUAUGAAGGCAAAUUAUGGUGUCCAGCUAAAUGCUGCCCUGCAGAGAAGAGCUAAGUAUGCAGAAUUUCCUGAAGCUCUAAUCAAAGAUGGCAUGCAUGAUUUAUUGAAGGGAGUGGUUCCAAUGGAAAUCAAACUUGCUCUGCACGAAUUUUGUUUUGUAAAGAAAUAUUUUGAUGUGUUUUAUUUUAAUCAUAGAAUUGCCACUUUUAAUUAUGGGCCAGGUGACUCCAAUAACAAGCCAUCACCAAACUUUACCAUUGCCUCAGUGGAGAACAAAGGCUGCUAUACAUUACACCAAACAGCUGCGCAAACUUGGUGUUUAUUACAAGUGUUCCCAUUUCUGGUUGGUGAUAAAGUGCCUUUGGACAACCCCCAUCUCAGACUUAUUGUUCAUCUGAAGUGUAUUUGCAGGGUCAUAUUUAGUCAUGUCCUUGCUGAGAGUGAUUUUCAAGAGCUUGAUACAAAUAUUUAUGAUCAUCACAAACUAUUUUUCACUCUGUAUCCUCCAACUGAAGAGCCCCCUGCUGCUGCUGCUGUUGAUGUUGAUGCUGCUGUUGAAGAAGAUGAAGACAAUCCAGAAGAGAAUGAAGAUUUUUUGCAGGAUCCAGUUGAAUUAUUGGUAGAUGGCCAUGUCACUCAAGAAGAAAAUAAUAAUCCUGGUGAUGAGGCAGGACAUUCAACAAAUGAGCCAAAGAAGAAACAAAAGAAGAAGAAGCCAAAGAAAAUUCGCCCACUCCAUAAACAUCACCACCUCCUCCACUACAUCUGGCUCAUGCGGAAAUUUGGCCCAGCAGUUUUGUAUUGGUGUAUGAGGUAUGAAGGCAAGCAUGCCCUGGCCAAAAGAUUUGGAACAAUAGUUUGCAAUCACAAAAAUCUACCAGUGUCAUUUCUUGACAUCCAACAAAUGUACCAAUGCGCAGAACUAAUGGAUCUUGACACAGAAGUGUUGAAUGAAAUAUUUAUUUCUAAAGGUUCCUUGAAAGUUGCUGGAGAAUGUCCUCAUUUCAAUGCUCUCAGUGUCCACGGGAUCAAUGAAGAAGAAGUGUUGGAAGAAGUAACCAAAGUGGAGAUUGCUGGUUUUCUGCACCAAGAGGGACUUUAUGUGAAUCUGCAAUUAGCUGACAAUGACAAUGCACCUUUGUUUGGACGUAUUUGCAACAUUUAUGUUCACAAUGAAAAUGUGUAUCUGAUCACGAAGGAUUUCAAGGGAGUAUAUGACUCCAGAUUUGAUGCUUUCCUGAUUGAAAGUGAAGCCGUUCCACUUGUUAGAGCAUUAUUGUUAACUGAUCUUUUCCUCGACAAGCCGAUGACUGCAUGGACUGUGAACUCGGAGUCCUUCUACUUGUCACCAAGAAGAUGUUUGGCUGAAGCUUUAAUGCAAAACCCAUGACCUGCUCUCUCUCUCUCUCCUCAAGCCAAUCAAUUUGUGGUGCAAGCCUUACUUAUUACAUUGCCCACAGUGAUAUGUAUUUUAAUUUCAAUUCUCAGUUUCAAAAUACACAGAAUUUAAAAUGUUAAGAAAAAUGUCAAUGAUUAGAUUAUGAUUUUUUAAAAAUAUAUUGUUUAUCAUGUCUAAUAAUGCUGAAAAGUUUGGGAAAGUUCGCUAAUGUAUGUUAACUUUCUUCUCAGGUAUUUGUUCACGGUAUUUGCU